AUGCGAAGGAACGUGUUAUCGAUGCGGAUGCAUCAUGCGCGGGCUGCCAUCAGCGCGGCUAUGGCAACGCGGUGCAUGGCCGCGCCCCACCGUACGGCAGCGUCGUCGGCGGCUGUCGCUGCUGCGACGCAGGUGCGUGGCGGCGUGCACUUGGCCAAGCCUGUGUCGCUGCCGCGCGCGAAUCCGCCACCCACGAGUGAGCGCAGCCUGGGUCUGCAGCGGCUGUAUGCGCAGCACCGCCCGCUUCUCGAGCACGAGCAGCUGCCUGCGCGCCCUGUGCGCAUGAUGCAGGGCGACGUGCUCGUCAUCGAGGCGGACGAUCUAGCACAGGUGAUGCCUCAGCGCAGCAUAUGGCGGCGGCGCGCGCGUCGAGUGGAUACCGAUACGUUUUCGCAUCUGCUAGACCGACUCUCUCAGCUGAGCCUGUCGUCGCGCAAGUCGCGAAUUGCCCGGCGUGUGCGCUCGCGCGGCUUCACGCCGUCGUCGCCAGCCGUGCUGGCCGCGUCGCAGUAUGUCGAGCGGAUGGAGCGAGAUGCAGAGAUUCGUGAGCUGGUCAUGGCGAAUGCGAUCGAGCAAGGAGAGGACGUCGAGCGUGCGGCGCGCCUGGGCAGCGAGGCAGAGCUCGUGGUCCUCGGCGAGCCUGCGGGCGCGCACAAGGACUGGGCGCCCGGCGUAGCGACGCAUCUCGACACACAUACCCAGCCGUACGUCCCACCGCAAUCCGGGUCGGCGGCGCCCACGCGCCGUGUGCGUGUGCGCUCGAUCGAUGCUGACGCUGCGGCUGAUGAGGACGCGCACCUGUGGCUGAUGCAGGGCCUGGUCCAGACGCGCUUGCGUGCUGACCAUGAGUGGCGUACGUUUGUGGCAUCGAAGCUCGGUGAGGCGCCGUACAGCGUCUCGCUGGACAGCGUGCGUCGCAAGCGCAGAAAAAAGAUGAACAAGCACAAGUACAAGAAGCUGCGCAAGCGCCAACGUGCCGAGCGCCAGCGCCUCAAGAAGUAG